GCGACGCGCUACUUUUCCAGUUUGCACCGUCAUAGGAUGGAGCUGUCAUACCAGUCCAUCAAAACGGCGAACCAAGCGCGCGAGUCAGAUGAGCUGAGGAGAGAGACGAGGAGGAAGAGCCUGCUCAUCCUCAUCUAUCACCAUCUUUUGGAUCAAGGAUACAUGGAUGCAGCGGAGGCCUUGGACCAGGAGGCGAACGUUUCCCUGAGAAGGUUUGAGGUUUGCGACAACAUAGACCUGGAGACGGUGCUGAUGGAGUACGAGAGCUACUACUACAUCAAGUUCCACAGAUUCCCCAAAAUCACAAGGAAAACGCGCCUCCCAAAUAUCAACACCUCCUGCAGACUUCAGUCGGGGAGCAGAGCCAAGAGGGCAGGAUCGAAGACGGUGGUCAAGGAGGACAGUAAAGCUGCCAGUGAGAACGAACACGCCUGUCCACCCGAGUCUUCGAAGUUUGGUCUCAGCGGUUCCUCCAUCCUCAGGAUCGGAGCCGCUGUGGUGGGCCCCUCCAGCAGGAAGCUUGUUGACUAUAAAGCCACGAUCCAAGACGCUAGGGAGGAAGCCGGCAGUGAUGCAGACCAUAUGGAGCGCCUGCUGAAACCCCUCAGUGCUUUCUCUGGUGCAAACAGUGAGAUGAGAGAACUGGCUUCAGUCAUUAGCAGGGACAUCUAUUUGCACAAUCCCAAUGUAUGUUGGGAAGACAUCAUUGGCCUGGAGGACGCAAAGCGAUUAGUCAAAGAGGCCGUCGUCUACCCCAUUACGUAUCCUCAGUUAUUCACAGGUAUCCUGUCUCCAUGGAAAGGCUUGCUGCUGUAUGGACCGCCAGGUACAGGUAAGACCCUGUUAGCUAAGGCAGUAGCUACAGAGUGUAAAACCACAUUCUUCAACAUUUCAGCUUCCAGCAUUGUCAGCAAGUGGAGAGGAGAUUCUGAAAAACUGGUCAGGGUAUUGUUUGAGCUGGCGAGGUACCAUGCCCCCUCCACCAUCUUCCUGGACGAGCUGGAGUCAGUGAUGGGGCAGAGAGGAUCCAGCGCUGGAGGAGAACAUGAAGGCAGCCGGAGAAUGAAGACAGAGCUCUUGGUCCAGAUGGAUGGGCUGGCCAAAUCAGAGGACCUGGUGUUUGUACUGGCUGCCUCCAACCUGCCAUGGGAGUUGGAUCACGCCAUGCUGAGGAGGUUAGAGAAGAGGAUUCUCGUUGGUCUUCCCUCAGAGCCCGCCCGCCAGGCUAUGAUCUCCCAUUGGCUGCCUCCCUCCAGCUGCGCAGGGGGGGUGGAGUUACGGACUGAGCUGGAUUAUGAAAUGCUGGCGAAGGAGACGGAGGGCUACUCCGGCUCUGACAUCAGACUGGUGUGUAAGGAGGCCGCCAUGAGACCAGUCCGCAAGAUCUUUGACGCACUGGAGUCACACCAAGGGGGGAACUCAGACAGGCCCGUCAUUCAGCUGGACACUGUGGUCACAGCCGGCUUCCUGGAGGUGAUCGCACACACCAAACCCUCCGCCCGAAACCUCCUGGGCAGAUACACAGCCUGGGAGGAAGAAUACGAGUCUGUCUGAUGCAGGCAGAGACACAAAGACUCGUUUCUAAAUUGCCGCACAAGUCAAGAUGUGGUCUCAGAGGACUGGCGGGACAGUCUGCAUUACAAGAGAGACUGCACGUCCCCACCGGUGACAUACAGUAUCGACAUUACAGCGACUUUUUUUUGUUUUGUUUUUGUGGUUCAAAUCCCACCGUGUGCGUAACUCCAUAGGGUCAUCGUUCCAUGUUGGCUUUAAGAGUACGACAACUUUAUUUCCACGUUGACCUUCUUCUUGCAGUCAGGCUCAACGUAUUAACAAAAUGCUCAGUAAGACCACCGUAACGAUGAACCAACUGUACAAAUAAAGCAGUACA